AAAGUUAAUAUCAUUGCUAAUUUGUAUAACAAUGAAAAUAUACUUCCGGCGUGGAUACGUGAAGUAGAGAGAGUAAUUCAUAUUUUAGGGCCAUCGAAAGUUUGUAUUUCUAUUGUCGAGAAUUACAGCGUUGAUGGCACUAAGGAUAUAUUACACUAUUGGAAUAGUAGUUUGAAGUCAAGGGGUAUUUGUAGUAAAGUAACGAUAGGAUACAAGGAGUCGACAACAGAUAGAGAUAAAAUGCAAAGAAUAGAUAGACUAUCAGAGUUGAGGAAUGUAGCAUUCGAUCAGAUAAUAAAUAAAAACGUGACCACAAUUUUUCUAAACGAUAUUAUAUUUGUCGCUGAGGAUAUGUUGACACUUCUAUUAGACUUGUAUUACUCUGACAUUGAUGUUUCAUGUGCUAUGGAUUAUAAUGGCGUUGGUUUAUAUGAUGUCUGGGUAACAAGGUCGAUACAAAAGAAAGUUGUAAGUCCUAUAUACCCAUAUUUCACCGAUCAUGAAUCAGUCAAAAAUCUAACAAAUGGUUUCCCAGUUGAUGUUUACUCGUGU